AUGGCUUCUAUUUCAGGCCUUGCCAACGACAACACGCUCUCUCCUCGGGCUGAAAAGAAAUACGUGGUUGACAUGGAGAGAGAGCUCUUCCUCGCCAAAAUGCUCCUCGGGUUCAUCGGGGUCGCCUGUGUCGUGCUCUUGGGGUGUACACUCUACUUCACGCUGAAGCCCAAGUAUGAGGAAAAAUGGAGACCCAAGCUUAAGCCCAAGCUUCGGGACUGCAAGGAGAAGUAUGAGGGCUGGAAGAAGAAGAUGAGGCGCCAGAGCCAGCUCAUGUGGCUCGCCAUAUUUUCUCAGGCUCCGGAUGUCAACCGGAUCACUCGUGAUCUGACCCCGGAGUAUAUGAAGAUGUCGACGGCGGCCAUUUAA